CACAACUAUUACACACAAAAAAAUGUUCUCUAAAAUCGUUGGUCUCGUAGCUAUGGUGGCGGCGGCCCAGGCUGGCCUGCUGAGUCACGGGGGAUACUCUGUGUCGUCUCAAAGCAAUUUGGUCCACCAUGACACCCACUACGCUGCCCCCUUAGUCCACUACGCUCCCGUGGAACAUGCUCCCGUGUACACCGCCGCUCCCGUGUCCCAUGCGUACUCUGGUCAUGGUCAUGAGGAUUACUAUUCUCACCCUAAAUACCACUACUCUUACUCCGUGGAGGACCCUCACACCGGCGACCACAAGUCCCAGCACGAGAGCCGCGACGGUGACGUCGUGAAGGGAGAGUACUCUCUUCUCCAGCCCGAUGGCACCUUCCGCAAAGUCUCCUACUCCGCUGACGACCACAAUGGAUUCAACGCGGUGGUCCACAACUCCGGACCUAGCCAUCACGUGUACUCCUCCCAAUACCACCAUUACUAGAUAUGGAACUAGAAUAAGCUAUCUCGACUAUUUAUUCUUGCUGUGA